AUGAGUACCGACGCCAAAGAAGAUGUGAUCCUCUGGGGCGCACGUGGAGACCGAAAUCCUAGGGUCUGCAAAUACGAAUGCAUAGGUAUGGCCUCCAAUACUGAUGUCGUCCUCCCGCAUUGUUAUAUAUUGCUAACCUAAAAGUCCAAGAUAAACCCUUCGAAUUCCAAAGACUGGUCUUACCCACAACCUCCGGCAAGCGUGAAAAGGUCGAUAUUUACUACCACGAGUCUACUUACUCGCUUCAAGGCAAUAGCGAAACAUCUGUCGCUUCCUUGGACCUUAGCAGAAUGGGAGGUUACUAA